CGAAGAAGAAUAAGUAUUUCCGGGACCGUCAGAACAUUGCCUGUCGUGGUCUAGAAAAUAAACGACGGGUUUGUUUUGCUAUCUAAAAGUUGAUUACAUUUUUCUUCAUAUAUUGAUAUUGUUGAUCGGGCAGUCAUGUCUGGACGGGACGCCCUCAACAUGAAGCAACCGCCGAUCCAGUCCACGGCUGGCGCUGUGCCGAUUCGAAAUGAGAAAGGUGAGAUUUCGAUGGAGAAGGUGAAGGUGAAGCGCUAUGUGUCGGGUAAACGUCCCGACUAUGCUCCCAUGGACUCCUCUGACGAGGAGGAGGAGGACUUCCAGUUUAUAAAAAAGGCAAAGGAUGCCGAGCCUGAGAUGGAGAUGGAGGAAGAGGUGGUGUCUGACCCACGUCUCAAACGUCUGCUAAACCGCGUCUCUGAGGAUGUGGAGGAGAGGUUGGCGAGACACAGACAGAUCGCAGAACCGGAGGUGGUUGCAGAGAGCAGUGAGGACUCCGACGAGGGAACCUGGCACCCGGAGAGAGCACCCGAAGAGAGCAGUGACGAAGAGGAGGAGGAAGAGGAAGAAGUGGACGAUGAGGAAAUCGAGAGGCGGCGAGCGAUGAUGCGCCAGCGAGCGCAGGAGCGGAAGAACGAGGACAUGCCAGAGAUCAUGGAGGUGGAGGAAGAAGGGAAUUCGGGCGCGGAGAAGGAGGAGUCGGAGUCAGAGUACGAGGAGUACACGGACAGUGAAGAUGAGGCAGAGCCGCGGCUAAAACCAGUGUUCAUCCGCAAGAAGGACCGAGUGACAGUGGCGGAGCGCGAGGCGGAAGAGCUCAAACAGCGGGAGCUGGAGGCGGAGGCCAAGAAGCAGGUGGAGGACCGCCGGCGCUACACCCUGAAGAUCGUGGAGGAGGAGGCCAAGAAGGAGUUUGAGGAGAACCGCCGCACUCUGGCCGCUCUCGACACCCUGGACACAGACGGGGAGAACGAGGAGGAGGAGUACGAGGCGUGGAAGGUCCGGGAGCUCAAACGCAUCAAGAGGGACCGGGAGGCCCGUGAAGCAAUGGAGAAAGAGAAGUCUGAGAUUGAGAGGUUCCACAGCCUCACCGAGGAGGAGCGCAGGGCCGAGCUGCGUAACAACGGCAAACAGAUCACAAACAAGGCCUCAAAGGGCAAAUACAAGUUCCUCCAGAAGUACUACCACAGAGGAGCCUUCUUCAUGGACGAAGAGGAGAAUGUGUUCAAGAGAGACUUCAGCGCCCCCACUCUGGAGGACCACUUCAACAAAACCAUCCUCCCCAAAGUCAUGCAGGUCAAGAACUUUGGUCGCUCCGGACGCACUAAGUACACCCACCUGGUGGACCAGGACACCACAUCGUUCGACUCAGCCUGGGCUCAGGAGAGCGCUCAGAACAGCAAGUUCUUCAAGCAGAAGGCUGCAGGAGUGAGAGACGUGUUUGACCGGCCAACAGUGCAAAAGAGGAAGACCUGAAUCCGAGUUGGGGUGGGAGACUUCAGUAUUUCUCCUGCAUUUUCAGACUUUUCAACGAGCUUGGGGUGAAAUGUUUCAGAAUGUUGCAGAUGGAAAUGUACUAGACUUCACUGAAGUAUGUUCUAUGGCCAUACAUUUACCUGCAAUAUCCUGAAUGCGCCAACCACUUGAGCAAGGCCCUGGGUUUAGGGCUAUGCCCUGAUAAUGUGUGGAUGCUUCAUGGUGGCAUAUUUAUGUAAUUUUGUAAAUUUUCAAAGUUGUGUAGCUAUUUUGUUUUCAGUUUUAGAUCUUCCCUGAUUUUGUUUUAUCCCCAUUGAUCUGACAAGUCAUUUUCUUCUAACUUGGAUAUACAGCGUAAGUGAUUAAAACACAUUGCAUUUUCA